AUGAUACCAUGCAUUAACUGGCUGCAGCCUUUCCUUGCCUUGAUCUCCUCCACUUUGCUUACACGAGGCCACAACUGUCCAUCCAGCUGUUUGUGUCCAGACCAUCACACUGUGGACUGCACUGGCAAAGGUCUAACCAGAGUCCCAGACUCCAUCCCUCUGGAUGUUCGCCGUCUCCUGCUCUCCAACAACUGGAUUCACUGGAUCCCUUUUGACUUCUUGGUCCUCUACAGUGAUCUAGUCUACCUGGACCUGAGGAAUAACUCCCUCUCCCAGCUGGAGCCAGGGACCCUGAGCACCUCCUCUAGAUUAGUCUACCUCGACCUGGGGAGCAACAAUCUGACAGAAAUCUCAUCUGGAACAUUUGGGGAGUCCAGGAGUCUGAUCAAACUUCGACUGGGGAACAACCCCUACCUAAACAUGGUGGGACGGGAUGCUUUUGCAGGGCUGACAUCUUUGAGAGAGCUGGAACUGGAGAAGAAUGGACUAACAGCCCUGGACGUCGUGGUCCUGGAAUCUUUGCCCUCCCUUCGGAUGCUGCGUCUGGAGGGCAACCCCUGGCUCUGCAACUGCCACUUUGCCAAACUGUUUUUAUGGCUGACAGAGAACCAACACAAGCUCCCAAAGGGUAUGGAGGGGAUAGAGUGCUCCCUGCCUCUGGACGGGCGUCGUAUUCCUCUAAGUUUGUUGUCUGAAGAUAGUUUUCGGGAGUGCCGUGGUACCCUCACCCUCACUGACUACCUCAUCGUCAUCUUCUCUGGUAUCUCCGUCUCAGUGGCAGCCAUCGUGGCCAGCUUCUUCCUCGCUUCCACAGUACACUGCUUCCAGCGUCUUAGCAAAGGCAGCGAAGGAGAUGAGGAGGAAGGCAAUGACUGA